GUGAAAUAUCUGGCUGUUUUUAGACUGGCUGUUUCACAUGAUGUCCAAAACUCUGCUGUAGCUCGGGACAGAAUGCUUCCUAAAGUUGGUGUUCUUUCUUAAGGGUCAUUCAUAGUUGUGAGCCUCUUGAUGGUUGAGGUGAACAGCUCUACCCUUGGUAUGAAGAUCGACGGAUAAGCGUCUUUUGUGACCUUGGAUCUUUUCAGAGGCUGAAGCUGGAUUCCAGCAGGGACACAUGGUCCAGAGUGACAAGGCCAUCUGCUGUAGCGCCAGCACUGCAGUGGGAGGGAGGAGAAAGAUGAAGGGGUGGCUUGUAGGGGGGUGAGCGUACAGAGAAUUCCUCCCCCUCGGGUGUGGAGGGAGUAGAUAUUCUGGGAGAUCAUUGCCAGCACCUUGGAUUGAGACUUAUUUCUUUAGUGUCACAUUUUUUUUCUUCAGCUUUCUUUCUGGAGCAACUGGGGUUGGGUCUUUAACAACAAAAGAUCAUAAUUUUGUGAUUCUUAUGUGUUUUCAAAGUGAUGAGCAAUGGGGAUCUGGACUCUGAAGACCUUGCAAGCCGUGGAUCCAGUUUCUUCAACAUCUUGCAUCCAAAGCUGAGAGUUGUGGAUCAGCGACGCAACCGGGUGCAGAUCUCCAGGGUGGAUUUUCGCUAACACGUCUCUUUUUGUUUUGGUGCGUUGACAGCGAAAGACAAAAUACUGUACGCUUGCGCUUCUCCAGAGGGCUGAAGAGCCAAACGGAUGGUUAUUUUUAUGAGGGACUUUGUAGCAGAAAUGGGUCAGGACCAAACCAAACAGCAGAUCGAGAAGGGGCUGAAGCUUUAUCAGUCAAAUGACACAGAAAAGGCUUUAUAUGUCUGGAUGAAAGUGUUAAGGAAGACAUCAGAUCUGGGGGGGAAGUUUCGGGUUUUAGGGUGUCUGAUCACAGCACAUUCGGAAAUGGGAAAAUACAAGGAGAUGCUACAGUACUCCCUAGCUCAGAUAAACACAGCCAGAGAGAUGGAGGACCCGGACUACCUGACGGAGGGCUACCUGAACCUGGCACGCAGCAAUGAGAAGCUUUGUGAAUUCCAGAAGACGGUCUCAUAUUGUGAGACCUGCUUAAACAUGCAGGGCACCACUGUUAGUCUACAGCUCAACGGGCAAGUGUGUUUGAGCAUGGGCAAUGCCUAUCUGGGCCUUAGCGUUUUCCAAAAGGCCUUAGUGAGUUAUGAAAAGGCCCUGCGAUAUGCUCACAACAAUGACGACAAGAUGCUGGAGUGCCGGGUCUGCUGCAGUUUGGGCAACUUCUACAUCCAGCUUAAGGAUUAUGAGAAAGCACUCUUCUUUCCUUGCAAAGCAGCUGAACUGGUGAAUGACUAUGGUAAAGGUUGGAGUCUGAAGUACCGUGCCAUGAGUCAGUACCAUAUGUCGGUGGCCUACAGGAAGCUGAUGCGCUUAGCAGACGCGAUGGAAUGCUGCGAGGAAUCAAUGAAGAUUGCAUUGCAGCAUGGAGAUCGGCCCCUUCAGGCUUUGUGUCUGCUUAACUUUGCUGAUAUUCAUCGCUGUCAGAAAGAUGUCGAUAAAGCAUUCCCUCGCUAUGAGUCCUCCAUGUGCAUAAUGUCAGAGAUCGGCAACCGCCUUGGACAAGCAUCCAUCUACGUAGGUGUGGGGAAGUGCUGGAUUCUGCAGAAGGAAUACGACAAGGCUUUGGACUCAUUGCAAAGAGCACAUGAUCUGGCCGAGGCGAUUGGAAACAAGCUGUGUAUCCUAAAGGUGCACAGUCUGUGUGAAGGCAUCUACCGCUGUAAGGAGCAGCAGGAUGAGUUGAGAGAGCAGGUGGUGAAGUUCCUGCAGUGUGUGGAAGAGCUAGAGCUCUACUGUGGCAUGUGUGGGGAGUCCAUCGGAGAGAAGAACCAGCAGCUGCAGGCUUUGCCCUGCUCUCACAUUUUCCACCUCAAGUGUCUGCAGACAAACGGCACAAAGGGCUGUCCAAAAUGUCAUCGCUCUUCAGUGAAGCUGGGUUUUGUAUGAGACUGCACUCCUGCCUUGGACAAAAUGGCUGAAUCCCGUCACAGUUACCCAACUGGGAGCAAAAGUUCCAGGGCCUUCUUUCAGGAAGCUUUCUAACUGGACAAAAGGAGAGCUUCCGGUACUUCCAUCCUGUCUUUAUGGCAACUGGGAAUAAUGUGGAAAUGACAGGACUUGGAUUAAUAGUUCAACACAGAGACGUCAUGAAAGACGGCAGAUGUGUUUUUCUGAACUGACCUUACAAUGCUGCAUUGGUGUGAGAUAGGAACAUUAAAAACAGUCUUUGAUUGGACCAUGCAGCUUUGCUGUCCUGUCAGUGAGGAUAUUCGUCAAAGAGGUGAGAGCUUUACAUAUCACAUGGUUUCCUAAUGGACAUUUUUGCUCUUUUAUCACAGAAAACAUGUAUAUUUAAAACAUUUGUAAGCGAUUUUCAAGCUCUAAUCAAUUUCUUUAGAUUGUGUAAAUAAUUCAUAAAUGCUACAAUCGGUAAUUUUAAAAAAGAUGACGUGUUCUCUGGCAGCGGUAUAAAAUAUGCUGUUCUGUUUGAGUUUGUUUGAGGUUUGUUUUGAGAUUAUAGUAAACUCAAAUGUCUCUAACUGCCUCCUGUUAAUGAACUGUAAUAGUCUGAAGAAACAGGGGCAUGUGUUCGACUUAUUUACUUGACCAAUUAUGCAUUUUGUUAAUUAUUUAUAUGACAAUUAUUUAUGUAUUUUAAUAAGAAUCUUAUACAGUACAUGCAGCUUUACUACAUUUCUGACAAUAGCUGAAUUCAUUUCUUUUACAUUGCAUCAACAAAAUGUGAAAAGUACUUUCUUUAUUCAAUACAUUUAUGGUAUGUGCAGUUAGAAGUACAGUUUGCUAAUAUCAGCUUUAUGAUUAAUCUCCUUUAUUUUCUUAAGAUCUUCAGAGAUUCAUAAAAGUGCAUAUGUAACAAAUUGUUUAUACUUUUUUCUAACAUGUUUAGCACUAAAGUAUUUCAGUAUGUUUAAACAAAAGCUGGUUUUUAUCCUUAUUUCUUUCUGGGCACUUUCAUUUAAUUUUUCAUUCGUAAAUAAAUGUAAGCAAAUUGCCAUAUGUAUGAUCAAUUUAACAUAUAUCCACAUAUAUGAUGAUAGAUUUUCAUAUAUUAUUUAAUCAUCAUCUUUGAUCAUCUGAAUAUUCAUAUUAUUUUCUUAAUGACUAACAAUUCUGUAAUCUUUCAAUAAUGGCUAAAUCGAUUUCUCAUAAUUUUACUUUGUAAGGACUUCAGAUAGAAUCUGAGGUUUUGCGCAUGUUUUGUAAGUGGAUUUUCUAUUUUGCCACUUUAAUUAUUCCAUAACUAAAUAAUAAAAUACAAAUUAAACACAUCCAAAGACAUAUUUUAUUAAAUAUAAUACAUUUUGUUAUAGCUUUCAAGCAUAAGCAUAAGCAUUUGCAAUGUAACAGUUUUGCAAUGUUUAAUGCUGGAUGUGAUCAGACAUAUUUUUAGAAAUAAAUGAUAAAACAACAAGACAUGGAGAUUUCUAAUUGUUGAACUUAUUAAUAUAUGGGAGCAAUAUGUAAAAAUGCUGCUUAUUUAUUUCUCUUUUACCUUACUUUUAUUUUUAUAGUAACUUUGUCCUUCUAUUCUAAGCUGAUCUCCCUGUUUACUAACUGCAUGCUGUGUAAAGCUGUUUCACAUCCUGGUUGUCAACAGGUCAUAACUACCUCUCCACAUUUGUCCCUCACAAUACUUGCAUGUUUAUGCAGCAGAAUCUUCUGGAAGUCAGACUGAAUACAUUGUUGAAUUAAGAGAAGUCCUGUUAUAGUCCUGUAUAAAUAUACAUUCAAUGGACUUUUUCUAGUAAAUAUUCAAUAAAAGACAUUUUUUGCAGCUUGUUUUCUGAUUAAGUAUGUCUUUUUAAUUAAACCAUGCUAUGACUGAUCAUACACUGGAACAAAAUACAUGUUCUCCUCAGAGUAGCACAGUGACAUUUCUGACGUGUUUUAAGAGGAGUCAUCAUUUUAAAUGCUUCAAAAUCAGGUCAAACCAGUCUAUUCUAGUCGCACGGCACUUUA